AGGAAGGAGCUAUAAAGACAAGCCAAACGAGGGCAUCCCUUCUUCAGCCGCACGCUUCUUGUUGCCAAAGAAUUCCCUCCCCUAGCCGCCGCCGCCGCCGCUCGUCUCCCUGAGAGGUGCCGGGACCGAGGAACUGGCCGAGUACUAGGUAGAGAAUCGGUUUUUCUUGUCUCAGCCCGGGGUCUGCUGCGUCUGGUGGUGGUGAAGGGGAGAAAUUCGUGAGAUCUGUUCCGGAUCAGGCGUGCGAGCUCGGGAAUCAGGGGUUUCACACAUAGCUUCGUCGAUUUGAAUUUGAUGUACUAAUGGAGUCUAAGGGUGGCAAAAAGUCUAGCAGUAGUCGUUCUAUGAUGUAUGAAGCUCCCCUUGGCUACAGCAUUGAGGACGUUCGACCUGCCGGAGGCGUGAAGAAGUUCCAGUCUGCUGCUUACUCCAACUGCGCGAAGAAGCCAUCCUGAUAUCCCUUUUGGCUUCCUCAUUCUAGUAGUUUAGGAUUUCUUUUCUGACACUUUGAUUCUGACCAAUCUCUCUGGCCUGCUGCUUCCUGAUAAUCGACCAGUUCCCCAGUCUUGCUCCUUGCACUCCUCCCUCCAUCUCCAGCAUUGUGUUCUGAUUCACCUGCUCCAAUGGCUGUUCUUUCUGCUGCUGAUGCUUCCCCGGUCUCAGCUAUCGGGUUUGAGGGCUAUGAGAAGCGCCUUGAGAUCACAUUCUCUGAGGCACCUGUCUUUGUGGACCCUCAUGGGCGUGGUUUGCGUGCCCUCUCCAGGGCCCAGAUUGACUCUGUUCUGGAUCUUGCACGGUGCACAAUUGUGUCUGAGCUCUCCAACAAGGAUUUCGACUCAUAUGUCCUUUCUGAGUCAAGCUUGUUUAUCUAUCCUCUGAAGAUUGUCAUCAAGACCUGUGGCACUACCAAGCUCCUGCUCACCAUUCCAAGAAUCCUUGAGCUUGCUGAAGAGCUGUCUAUGCCACUUGCUGCUGUGAAGUACUCCCGUGGGACGUUCAUCUUUCCUGGCGCACAGCCAGCCCCCCACAGGAGCUUCUCUGAGGAAGUUGCUGCACUUAACCGCUACUUUGGCGGCCUGAAAUCUGGUGGUAAUGCUUAUGUGAUUGGAGAUCCAGCAAGACCUGGACAGAAGUGGCACGUCUUCUACGCCACUGAGUACCCAGAGCAACCAAUGGUUAACCUUGAGAUGUGCAUGACUGGUCUGGACAAGAAGAAAGCUUGUGUCUUUUUCAAGACUAAUGCUGAUGGGAACACAACAUGUGCCAAGGAAAUGACAAAGCUCUCUGGCAUCUCUGAAAUCAUCCCCGAGAUGGAGAUCUGCGAUUUUGACUUCGAACCCUGUGGCUACUCCAUGAAUGCGAUCCAUGGCUCUGCAUUCUCCACAAUCCAUGUGACGCCCGAGGACGGUUUCAGCUACGCCAGUUACGAGGUUAUGGGCUUGGAUGCCACUGCUCUGUCUUAUGGUGACCUUGUCAAGAGGGUCCUCCGGUGCUUUGGCCCCUCAGAGUUUUCCGUUGCCGUGACCAUCUUCGGCGGGCGUGGCCAUGCCGGGACAUGGGGAAAGGCACUUGGUGCAGAGGUCUAUGACUGCAACAACAUGGUGGAGCAGGAGCUGCCUGGAGGCGGGCUCCUCGUGUACCAGAGCUUCUGUGCUGCUGAAGACGCUGUUGCUACCUCGCCCAAAUCUGUUUUCCACUGCUUUGACGGCGAGAACGUGGAGAGUGCUCCUCCUCCUAUGAAGAAGGACUACAAGCUGGCUAAUCUUCUCUGCUGGGAGGAGGAAGCGGAUGCCAUGGAGGAGAAGGCGGGAGUGCUUGAUGAGUAAGACGGGCUUCUGGGGUCGAUUUGCUUCUGAGUUGUUUAUUUUAUAUCGUCGCAAUUUCGUGGUUGUCGUUUGGUUAUUCUGUGAAGCAGCCAAGCCAGGCUAUUGUUAUGAAAAUUUGUCGUCUGUAAGCAUGUGAACUUCCGAUGUUGCCACAUGCUGGAUCAGUCUGAAUAAGUAAGUAUGCAGCUCUAGGUGGUCAGCUGCGUCUACCACAAUGAGCAUGAACGUAUGGAGAAAUAUCUGUGAACCCAUUUUGUUUAUGAAUAAGAUUUGUUUUUUUCGAGUU